UGAGGGAAGUCUGUGGAGAAAGCAUUUUUAAGAUUGGAAAAGCCAUGAUGGACUCCAAUAAGAUGACCAUCAACUUGGUUCUCUUUGGCAUGACUCAAAGUGGAAAAAGUUCUGCUGGGAACAUUCUUCUGGGAAGCACUGACUUCCACAGCAGCUUUGCUCCAUGUUCUGUGACCAAAGAUUGCAGUCUGGGCCGCAGCUGUCACUUCCACAGCUUCAUGCGUCGAGGCGGGCAGGAGGUAACCCUGCAGGUCCAGGUGCUGGACACUCCAGGUUAUCCGCACAGCAGGCUGAGCAAGAAGCAUGUGCAGCAGGAGGUCAGGGAGGCCCUGGCACAUCACUUCGGGCAAGAGGGUCUGCACCUGGCACUGCUGGUCCAGAGGGUGGAUGUGCCUCUAUGUGAGCAGGAAGAAUCUUCCCCAGUCCAGAUGAUCCAGGAACUUCUGGGACAUGCUUGGAAGAAUUACACUGCCAUUCUUUUCACCCAUGCAGAAAAAAUCGAAGAGGCUGGGCUCAAUGAAGAUGAAUACUUACAUGAGGCCUCUGAUACACUGCUAACCCUACUAAAUUCUAUUCAGCGCAGAUAUAUUUUCCAGUAUAAAAAAGGAAACUCGCUUAAUGAACAAAGACUAAAAAUCUUAGAAAGGAUCAUAGAAUUUAUAAAAGAAAAUUGUUACCAAGUUCUUACCUUUAAAUGAGAUUUAGGUGACAGGAAAAGGGCUUUGGGUUUUAGAGCCAGCAACCUGGUUUCAAAAGUGCCUUUGUUAGCAUGAAUGUGGACCAUGAGAA